AUGGACGUCUCUCAACUCACGGAUACCGAGCUUCGCGAUAGUCUGCGGAACCUGGGACUCACCGUCGGCCCAAUUGUGGCGACGACCCGAAAAAUCUACGAGAAGAAGCUUCUGAAGAUGUCCGAAAGUGCUAAAAGUGAGUUUUUCCUUCACGUUGACAAAUAAUGUUAUUUUUUUUUAGAAAGCCCAUCGACCGACUCGGCUGCAACAGAUCUCAACGAUUCUCAAAUUACCAAUGGAAGCGGUGCUGAUGCUGUAAGAAGCUUCAGUCCAAUCUUCAAGAGCAGCUCGCCCAUGCCAGUACCAUUGGCGGAGUCCUCGCCGAUUCCAAAUAACAAUGAUAACGAGCAAUCCGAUUUGAGUGAUUGCGAGGAGUCGAUGAGAUUUCUGACCGAAGAAGAGAUGGCCGCUGAUCGUGCUGCCGUCCUCAAGACUCAGAAGCGCAGCGGAGGAAUCUUCGGAAACUCUGUGAGUUUUUUUCACACUUCUGAACUAGCUUUCAUCCCCUUUCUUUCAGAUCGCAUUUGCCAUCACAUUCGUCGCCAUCGCCGUUUUCGCAUAUUUCCUGCUCGAGAACGCAGAGCAGCUGAAGCUGGUCAUCGAGCCGAAAUCUGAUGACACCAUCUGA